CAAAAGGUCCCAUGUGCUGAACCACACAGCCCCACACAGACAGGCGUUGUGUCAUUGCACUUGGUGACAGUCAGCUCAAGCAGUGUUAUAGCUCGUGCGCUAGCCUUAUCAGCCGGGAUGAAGGAAGAGCCAGAGCUAGGCCUGCUGCUGGCCGCCGAGCUGUUAAAGCAUCGACUGCUGCACAUCGCGACAAGCUACGGACAGACAGGAUACACACCUCACGACGUGGGGAACAACAACAGCUGUGCUGAAGUGGCGAAAUAAGGAAUAAAGGCUUUCAGUAAAUUCCCACCGCUUUGUCCGCUUUAUGUCCGCUUCACCACCGUCAGCUGACUACAUGGGGACAAGAAGAAUAAACUACAACAUGUGUCGAGCGUGAAGUUCCCACCCUACUCGUGCGAGCGGUCGACGCCGGGCCGGAGCCUGGGCUGUGCGGAGCAGGCAGAGUUGGUGUGGCCCCCCAGCGGCAUGGACAGCGGUGAUGAACAUGUGGAGGAGCAGGUGGAAGGUUCGUUGGAUGAUGACUGUCAGCCUCAUGGUUUCUGCACUGUGACCUACUCAUCCAGUGAUCGUUUUGAAGGACACUUCACCCACGGAGAGAAGAACGGGAAGGGCAAGUUCUUCUUCUUUGAUGGAAGUACCCUGGAGGGUUUCUAUGUAGAUGAUGCUCUGCAGGGCCAGGGGGUGUACACAUAUGAAGAUGGCGGUGUUCUCCAUGGGACAUAUGUGGAGGGCGAGCUCAAUGGGCUUGCUCAGGAAUUUGAUGGCGAGGGCCGUCUGGUCUUCAAGGGGCAGUACAAAGACAACAACCGCUGUGGGGAGUGCUGGGUCUACUACCCUGAUGGGGGCUGUGUGUUUGGGGAGGUGAAUGAGGACGGGGAGAUGACUGGUGAAUCUGUAGCGUACAUCUACCCAGACGGACACACGGCUCUCCUUGGAAGCUUUGUCGAUGGGGAGUUAAUUGAGGCUCGGCUCACCAGUGUGAUCACCAGCGAGAGUGGGAGGCCAUGCUUCAAAGUCCCAACAAACAGUCCUGUGUACUCGUACGACAAGUCCACAUCCACCUGUAUUGCCACCCACAAUCUGCUUCCUGACCCAUAUGAGAGCCAAAGGGUGUUUGUGGCAGACUCCCUGAUUAAAGGAGCAGGACAGGGCUUGUUUGCCAAGACAGAUGCUGAAAUGGACACAGUGAUGACUUUUUAUAAUGGAGUACGCAUCACACACUCUGAGGUUGACAGCAGAGACUGGGUCCUAAAUGGAAACACCAUCUCACUAGACGAGGACACUGUGAUCGAUGUCCCUCAGCCAUUUGACCAGACAGAGAGAUACUGUGCUUCUUUGGGUCACAAGGCAAACCACUCAUUCACCCCCAACUGCAAAUAUGACCCGUUUGUCCAUCCUCGUUUUGGACCGAUCAAGUGUAUCCGAACAUUAAGGGCUGUGCAGAGAGACGAGGAGCUCACUGUUGCCUAUGGCUAUGAUCACGGGGUGAUGGGGACGAAUGGUCCAGAGGCUCCUGAUUGGUACAAGCAGGAAUUGGAGCUGUUUCAGCAGAGAGAGGUGGCUCCAACUGGCCAAUGAGAAUGCAGACAAAUAUCUCUGGACAAUGAGCUAACCAAUAAGCUGUGUUAACCCCAUUACAAGACUAAUAUUGCUUGAGCAAUUCAGUAGAAUUGGAGUCCUGGAGGUCCAGGGCAAAAGCAAAAGAAGAACUAUGCUAGAAACCAAAUGUUAUUAAAGAGACAUUUCAGUA